AUGAGGUUGGUAAUACGACGUCGCUCUUUCAAUCGUCUUAGCUGCGCUGUCUAUGUCAGCCACCAUGGCGUCUAUAAACUGCAUCCCAUUGCGGUUUCAACGCCUCAGUUUACGCGACUGUUUACCACCAGAAGUUCUCUGGCCGCCUGGGCUUGGAACGAUAAGUCGGCACCAAGAUUUAAAGCUAGCGAAGAAGCGAGCGACUCUGUGAGCCAGCCAUCGAGUCUGGAUACUGGUGAAUCUUCAGACUCGGAUACUGUGACCUCCCGCAACUCCGUUGGCUGGAAAUGGAACACUACGACAGCACCCACGCUCAAGCCUAGCAAACCUGUCAGCAUUCCUGCAGAAGAACUAAGCGACAAUGGAAAAGACUCUCAGUCGAAUGCGACAGACCAUAGAUCUCUAAGUCGCGAUACCAGGGCACAACGCGCAGCCACUGUGAGGGAAGAAUUCUACAAGAUCCUGGAAACUGCCCAACCAGAUCAGGUAAUGGCUGCUUUGCUUAACUAUGACUGCGAAGAGCUGGUUGCCACCAUGCCGCAGAGUAGCUUUAUCGAAGCCCUACACCUUCUCUCUCCCGCCUAUUUCGUUGAACCCUUCAAAGAGAUACACAGGCCGCUUCAUCCAUAUACUGAGCAGCUCAAGCGCCUCAAAUCGCUGCAGACGACCUUUGAUGACUUUGUCAGAAAUCUUGCUGCCAUUAUCCGGAUACGAAGGUCGGGGGAUCAAGUGCUAGGGCUUGCCGAAUACACGCACCUUCUUGACUGCGCUAGGUCUAUGGGCGAUGCGCCCAUGGCAGACCAUAUCUGGGAGGCGAUGAAGCGGGACGAAAUCGAACCGGACAUCCCGUGUUACAACCACUACAUGGAAGCCAAGGUCUGGGACUCAGCAUAUACGGGCAUAGAAAAAUAUCGUCUACGCAUUACGCCUCAUGCCUAUAAGCAACGGAAGUUUGGACAUUUUGGCUGGACAGGCUACGGAACCGCGAAACGCAGUGUGCGAACGGAAGUGGUAGCAAUAUUUGAUGAGAUGUUAGAGUUGGGCCACGAAGGUGAUGAGACGAGCAUUGUAAACCUCUUGAUGGCAAACGGCCGAGUGGGAGACAAUGAAGGAAUGAACCGCAUUUUGCACACUGUCUGGAACAUUGACGUCCACGCUCUACAAAGAGGGGAUCACAUCCCUAUCAUCAAAUAUGAACAGUCUUCGCCCUUUUACCCUUCUGCUCGGCUCCUUCGCGCGGUGGCCCACUCAUAUAGCGCGGCCAACGAUAUUGAGUGCGCCAUACGGAUUAUCGAACAUGUUGCCAGCGCCUACGAUGUUGAAGUUCCCGACUCAAUCUGGGCCGAGCUAUUUGAAUGGGCGUUUGUUCUAUCGAGAACCAAAUAUGGCCCGAACAUUGGGGCUAAGUCAAAAGGUCUCGUUAGCACCAACCUGAUGCGAAAUAUAUUUGACACGAUGACCAAAGAGCCAUACAACGUUGAACCAACCGCAGAGAUGCAUGCAAAACUCGCCAAGACAGAAUGGCGCUUUCGCAAUUUGAAGCCUUUCCUUUAUCACAUGCGGGAGGCAUACAAAAUACUGAGCGAUACAAGAAGCAAGAGGAUCGCUGCACGAGAGAUGAUCGAAUCAUACCUACGUUACCCUCGCUCCGGGAACGGAGAGAUAGACCCUGAGAUCCUCCGAUCUCGAGGUUUCGCAGACGCCAUCCACACCUACGAUAUCCUCCGGGCCCUGGUCUUGCAGCAAACAAGGACAAUAGAGCGUCUCGCAAAGCUUUUCACUAACCAAGCCAGAUGGUUCGGCGCCAACCACGAUGUCUGGGAACGCAAAGUCCUACCACGUCUAAUAGAGGAAUGGCGAGACUUCAUCCCAGGUAGAACCCUCUACGUGACAACUUUCGGCGUCGUGGAAUUCAGGGGUGCAACCUACGCCACUUCUCCUAGAUAUCCCCAACACCCACGCAUCCCGGUCCGCCGGCCCUCAUUCGGAGAGGAUUUCAAGCUACUGGAGCGCGACAAGGAGUACGAGGACGAUUACAUCUGGGCCGCGUAUAAAGCCAGAAUGGCCGCUUGCGAUCUUCGUAGCCCCUUGAUCAGGCGGCUCCUCGAACCCGCCGUCCUGGAUUACAACCCCGAAUGGGACAAUGAAGAACAAGAGAAAUCGGUAGACGAGAUGCCGCCGAUUGUUGGGGAAGUGUAUCAGGACGUCGCGGGCCGCUUCAAUCAGCAAUCCGCCGACCAUGGUCCACGUGGUUUCUGGGUAGAUGAGGCGGCCGAAUCGGCUGAGCUGAAGAGAUCGGCGCUUCGGAAGGCCUUUGUACCCCUUUGA